AUGGCAUCUGCCGAGGACGGCAUCAAUCGUAAUAGGCUUCGGCAGGAGGCUGGCCGACGCGUCCAACACAUCACAUGCGGUGUGGCCGAGCGCCAGACGUAUCGGGAUGUGCUGCUGCACAUCGAGGAUCGCUUCGCGCACGCGUCACACGAGGAACUGCGCCCUCUCGUGCUGCCGCCGCAACUGCCCUCGAUUGUGCGGCCACGCGAUCCGCAGAUGUCAAAGUUCUCCCGCGGAAUGACAAUGCGUCAUAGGCUCAAGGGAGGAAGCAGCGCAGGGGCCUUUCUCUCAGCAGCUGCCCUCACAGGAGGCCCAAGGCACGGGGGCACCGACGGCCACCGAGAACCCGCCGAGGCGACCACGGAGGCCUCCACAGAAGCAGCGUCCGCGUCCACUGGCUUCACGGACGCUCAUAGGUGGGAGAUGCUUGAUGUGACGGACCGCGCCUUCUUCCGGCGCUUGACAGCGAACGCCCCGACGAGCACGUGCGGCUCGACGGCCAGCUCGACCGUGGCAGCACCUUCAGAGCCCCGCAACUUGGCCGCCUCAACGCCAAUGGAUCUACUGUCAACGUUGGCGGAGAAGUGUGCCUACUUGUGCGAGCUCGAGACGGCGGAGCGCCAAUACGUCCUUGCGUACGAGAGGUGGGACCAACAGGUGGUGUUGGAGAUGAUGGCCGUGAACUUCGUAACGUUCGUCUUGAAGCCGUGCAUGGACGUUCUGCGGAAAGAGGAGCUGGAGCAGCGGGAGGCCAUCGCGCAGGAGGAGGAUCGGCUCAGCUUCUAUAUGUACAAUGACUCCUCGCUCGCACUGCAGGUGCAGGAGGGCAAGAAGGCCCUGAAGGCCCGCAUGCUGCAGCUAGACCGCAUUCUGGGACUGACGUCGGCAGCACCGCGGUCCACAGCGCUCGUAGAGGCACCAGCGGAAGCGACUCACGCGACUUCUGUAACCGCGGCCCCGGCGUCAGCGGCGGUGCCAGUCCAGUCGGAGGGGGUAAGCAAAGGCUCGCCGAUGUCUUUCUCGUUGGAUGCGCGCACAGCUUCCUUGGUGGCAGUGACGUCGCCACAGCUGCCGCUUGAUACCGGCGUGCCCAGCGACGAGGCGCGGCGCAUACUCCGGAGGUAUGUGCUACAGCGCCACGGCGCCUCGCUGAGCGCCGUCGGUGCAUGCACUGCGAUGGCACAAUAUGACAACAACUGGCCGCAAACGAUGGCCUCAGCCUAUCCCUCCGGCGACAGGAGUGACACUGUGUGCCAGUCAUCCACGCUGAUUCUGCCGCCCAUCGCCAGCGCGCAGGCACCACGCCGCAACGCCGUCGGCAUCGCUGACUACAUCGCCCUUCUCGAUGAGAGCACAAAGUACUAUGAGCAGAUCGUCAAGACUGAGGAGCGCUGCCGCACCGACAUGAACCAGGCCUUCUACGAGGAGCUGCAGGUGGUGCUCGAGUGGCAGCGGCACCGCAUGCACCUUGAGCGGCUUCUAUACUGGCGGCGCCAGCGCGAGACCGUCUUGCAGGAGGAGGUCGAGGCGCUCAUCACUGUCACCCCUGUGCUGCGGCUGGAUGCGAAGGUGCUGCUGUUGCUGGAGAUCCUGGAAGGGGAGGAGGAGACGGCGCGAAGGUCCGUUCAGGACGAGGAGCACGCAUUCUUCCAGCUGCUAAGGCAGGCGGGUGAGGACUUGCGUGACGUCAACAACAACGUCUCCCUGCAGGAGCGCUGUAUGGACACCCUCAGCUCGAAGGUGUGGGCGGCAGAGGCGGUGGCUCGGCGGCGGCUCGUCAUUGCUGAGGAGGCGGAUGUGCGCCGCUACUCGGAGCGGUUGUAUCGCGAGCAUCUCACUGCGACUCUGACAGGCGGCAUGGCGCAGCUGCGUGCACUGUGGCACGUGAGCACCGUCUCUGCGCAGUGCGCGGCGCUGCAGGUGCUCCAGAAGGCGUUCCGUCGCUCCCUGUGCGGGCGUCUCGGGUGGCGGUUCACGCAUCAAGCGCUGGGAUGCGAAAUCAACGACGCCCGAAACGCGAAAAAGAUCGCCACCGGCAAGCUCGCCUUCCAGUCCUUCAAGAACACGCUGUUGGCCGAGAGGGCGCAGUUGUGCGAGGAACAGGCGCAGCAGCACCUCCGUGAGCAGUACAAGCUGUUCACCAAUGAGUCUGGCGACCGCGCGGCGGUGUGCGCGGAGCAGGAGUGGAGUCGCAAUGGCGUUGCUCGAGCACGCCUGCUGCACGUCGAGGAGGUGUACGCGCCGCUGCUCACGGGGACGGUGGUGGCCGAGAGCGAAGCUCGACUGGAGCUGGAGGUGGAGGAGGAGCUGGACAGAGACGCUCUGCUUGUCACCAACACGGCUUUGAUCCGUAUAAUUGAGCAGAAGGAGGCCACACUGCUGCAGGAGAGGGCUGGACGCAAGUCUACUGUGCGCGAAGAGGAAACGUCGUGGCGCCAGCUGCUCAGCGUCGAGUAUGACGAGCGUGAGGUGCACCGCAUCGAUGAGGAGGCUCGCGCGGCAACACGCGAGACUGCUCGGGCCGCCUUCGCUGAGGCGGCAGUGGACGAAAGCUGCCGUCAUCAUGAGCGCGCCAUGUUGAUGCACGUCGCUCGCAUGAGUGAGGCCCUUGUCAGACUGCUCAGCUACGAGGUGGGCGAUAGCGCGAGGCGGCGUGGCAUUGAGCAGGAGGAGGCGGUGGCUGCUCGCAACUUGCUCGACACGAUGGCCACCACUCAGUGUGCCGCGUACGCGUCCACCCUUGAGCAGUGCCGCCAAGUUGAGCUUGACAGGGUGCACCAGCAAGCGAUCUGCAUCGAGGAAAUGGAAAACCGCGCGAGUAUACUGCACGAGGAGGCCGCCGCGUGGGUCACCACGGAGCAGGAGGCACUUAUUCUGCUCUCGGGUCCACUGCAUGACCUGUUGGCGCGCCGCGGCGCUGUGAACGUGAUUAGUACGUGGUACACCGCCCUGCGCAACGGCGAGAUUGGGCGGUCUGUGUCACGACAACGGCUUCGCCAGGACCUUUCCCGUCAUCGCGAGGAGCGUCAGCUGCGCUCGCAGCAGAUCGCGCAGCGGCUUCACACACAGCAUGUGCGCAGCCAGCUUGACACCCUGAUGAUGGAGAUGCAGAAGGAUCAGCAGGAGGCGAUGCAGCAGCUGCUGAAUACCCUCGUGAAAUUCGAGGAGCCGCGUAAGCGCGAGCAGAUCGCGUCGCUGCAGGAGAUCGUCUUUGGGAUUCUCGAGCGCAACGCGGAGGCCCACCUGGUUGAAGUUCGCCGCAACUUUGUCAACACCGAGGCGCUGAUCUGGCAGCAGGAGUCGUACGAGCGGAAGGUGUUGACGAAGGCGUGGCGCCGCACGCGUGAGGAGCUGCUAGAGCAGAGGCGUCUGCAGCUGAAUGAGGACUACUUUGCGCUGCGCAUUCAGCGUACGUGGAGAAAGUACGCGGCAGAACUGGAAUGCAGGCGCAAAAUGUCAGUGCAGCUCGCGCAGUUGGCGGCGCUAGAGGUGCAGGCGCGUGCGGCAGUGGGGCUCGAGGAGCUGGAAGAGGCAGCAACGCAGCUGCACAAGCUGUGCCUGUCCUCCUUGUACGUUGACACGCACGUGCGGCAAUCUCUCAUGCGCGCGUGUGACGAGCUCGCAGUCGUCGUCGCGGAUGCGACGCAGGCAGAGGAGUGGAGCGAGCGAGUGUCGUUGUUGUGGGAGAUGUGCUACGAAGACUGCGAUCCGUGUCUGUGUGAGGACGAAGCCCGCGCACGACGUGUGCUCGAGGCCCAGUUCCACAAGCCAUUUCUGCUUCAGUCCGAACUCAAGGACGAGGAGCAUCUCCAGCGUACGAUGCUGAUGCGGGAGCGCACACUCUUCCUGCUGCGCAUUCUCGCGCGCGAAGAGCAUCAGCGACGUCUAUCGCUGAUGUCGGUCGAGGACCAGCAGAGGGUGUCGCUACAUGAGCAGCUUACCGCUUCCACACCAGUCGAUGUGCAGGUGCAGUAG